UGAAAUCAAAUAAAAUGAAUAGAAAUUAAAAGAAAAGGAAAAAUAGAAGCCCCUUUACGAAUUGAUUGAUUUGCAGCUCAAAACCUUAAAACCCCAAUUCAAAAACGCUUCGGUUUAAAAACCUCUCCCCUUUCCCCCUCUCUCUCUCUACAAUCGCUGCAGUUGAAGUAGAUUGACGAAGCUUUCUCUCUCCUCUUCGUUGUUAAUUUUAUCGAUAUCUCCACAAAUGGUUGGUCGGAAGUUCGCCGAACCAACCGCUCCCCGGAGCCAGAAGGCACUGGUUCAAUUGGCUUCAAUUGACCCAAUCGAGCUGCGAAACGAAGCUAAAGUGGAGAGAUGUAGGGCGACUAGGGAUUUACGAAGCUGCGGGCGGUGUGUGCAGAGGGUUCUUAUUACCUGUGGCCACGCCGCUUUAUGCGAGGAGUGUAGUCAGAGGUGUGAUGUUUGCCCUAUUUGUAGAGUUUCACUGCCGAAAGGGGGUAACGAUUUCCCGCUUCGCCUUUACUACGAGUGCAUCGAAGCGGGUCUUAUAUCGAAGAUGUGCGACGAUAGACUUCUCGAUAGUAAAGAAGAUGGCGGGAAUCAACUUGUUGCUGAUGUUGAACGCCUUUACUCUCUGUUUGACGUUGCCUUGGAGAACAAUCUCGUUUCGCUAAUUUGCCAUUAUGUUACGGAUGUAUGCAUGGAUGAAAGUGCUGUAUCCAGUGAUCCAAUUAUCGCAUUCUUGCUCGAUGAGAAGGUUGUCAAAGACUGGUGCAGGCGGACAUUCAAGAUUAUCUUGGCUGAACUGCAGGCGAUAUAUAAUCUUACCGUAUUGGAGAUGAAAACAAAGUUGAGUUCACUUCUAAAAAUUUCUUCAAAGCUAGCAGGUAUGUCCAAUGUUCUUGAAGUGUUAGAGUCUUCGUUCAGAGGCCACGACAUGAAUCAUCUUCAGGAGACUAUAUUGAAGACUAAACAGCACUUGGAAGUCAUGAUGUGGUGCAUUAGACAUCAAUUUCUGGAGGAUGUGCAAUCUAGGUAUUCUGAUUUUGCAUCAUGGAGUUCAUCUGUUCGUGAAAGGAAAUCAGCAGCCGUUCAGCGAGCGUGGCCUGAUUCAGUGAAUCGUAUAUCGGAAUCUGCUGAGCAGAGUACAUCUAGCCUCUUUAUUGAAGAUGCACUCUCGAAUCUUGAUACAGAGCAAGGUUAUGCUGACAAAGAGGAGAGGGAAUUAGCAAUUACAUCUUUGCUGACAGGUGGCGGCAAUUUAUUUUUUAUGUCCAAGUUACAUGGAAUGGCAGGAUGCUACCCCUUUGAAAAUCUCCGCUCUGCUGCCGACUUGCUUUUUCUGCAAGGAAAUUCCGAUUUGGUGCUUGCCAAACAGGCUAUUUUCUUGUAUUAUCUGUUUGAUCGGCACUGGACAAUUCCUCGUGAUGACUGGAGAAACAUUGUUGAUGACUUUGCUGUCACAUUCAGCAUAACGAGGCACGCUUUGUUGGAAUCUUUUGUCUUCUAUCUUUUAGAUGACCACACCGACGAAGCCCUAAAGGAAGCCACUGCCCUUCUCCCCGAAAUCGCAAGCCCAAAUACACAUCCCAAAGUUGCACAGGCACUGUUAGAGAGGAAUAUUCCCGAUGUAGCUCUAAUGGUUUUAAGGUGGUCAGGUCGAGACGGUGGAGAAACAUUAGUUGAAGCUGUUACUGCAGUUCGUGUUCGUGUAGAGUGUGGACUUCUUACCGAAGCUUUUAUGUAUCAGAGAACAAUUUGCGCGCAAGUCAAGGAUAAGAAAUCAAAGGAUGAAAUGAAAGAACCGAGUAGCAGCGUUUGGUUGGAAGUUCUUGUAACUGAAAUUUGCUAUCUUUGUCUUAGGGGUAAUAUAUUGGAUCGCAUUAUUGAGCUGCCUUGGAAUUCCGACGAGGAGAAACAUAUUCAUAAGUGCUUGUUCGAUUUCGCGACCAGUGAUCCUUCUUCAACUGCUGGAAGUCUUCUUGUAGUUUUCUAUCUACAGCGUUAUCGGUAUGUUGAAGCAUAUCAAGUGGACUCUAAGCUUCAGAAUAUGGAGGAAGAUUUCAUUUCGAAAAAUCAGGACGACAGGAUUUCGUAUAAAGUGAGAUCAAUGAGUCAUUGGAGGAAGGGAUUAGUUGGCCAAAGUGUGGAUCUAUUACCCGAUGUUUUGCAACAGCAACUGAAGAGUGGAAACUUACCAGAAGUCGGUGUUUUUCCCAAUAAUGAAAAUAUUUCCGUAAAAUCCAAUUUUGGGGCGACAGUGCAAGAACCAAUCCUGGGCAAUUUGCUGUUUAAUGCUCCAAAGGUGCAAUGGGAGGGCAAUGGCGUCUUUGCACAUCCCCUUAUGCAAUAAGAUUUCUAAAGUUCGAUUUUAAUAGGAAAUUUCUACUUACUGUUUAUCAUUAAACACUUGAGCAUCUCUAGUUUUGCCAUUACGUUUUACUGCAGAAUAGAACACAACAUCUGUAGAUCGAAUUACUUCAUUUUUGAAGUGUUUAACUAUUCUUGUUGUUGAAACGAUUGUUGAAUUGGUUUUCUAUUAUUUCAUCGAACGUUAAUUUUGUACUCA